AUGAUUUCAUUGAUUGGCAAACAUAACCAGACAGGAUUGGCGUUUUUGCCAUCGCAAGGAAAAACUGCAAUCAUUUUUACCCAAACGGAUCACUUAAGACCGCACGGACUGCUAAAACGCGACGGAACACGCACGGUACGUGCAGGAAAACAAGGUGCGGUCCUACGGUCCCUAUCUUCGCGGUUGUCGCUGGAAAUGUCACAGAAGUAUUUCCUUGCCACCUUGUCUUAUAAACAACCAUCGAAGUGCGUACUAGAUCGCCAUAUCUGUAUCGAUUACUGCCAUAUUCUUGCUCAUAAGUCCACUACGGCUGACCUGGUUCUUAGUGGGUUUGGAUCGUCUGGCGAUAUCGCGCCUUACAUGCACUUCAAGAGAAUCCAAGUUGGUACCUUCUAA